CACACUGUGUCCGCUAGUACAUAAUAAGUCUAACUCUUCCUGAAAAUUUUGUAGUUAGUGUUGUACUAAUUUUUUGGCAUGAGGACAUUGGUGUUUUUUGUGUUUGUAGUUGUGGCGAACCUGUGGAAGGGUGGACAUGCAGGUGGUGAGAUUAAAUUGGGGUCGAGAUUGUUGGCGAAAGAAAACCAGUCAUGGGUGUCUGACAAUGGAACGUUUGCGUUCGGAUUCACUCCUGCUGGCUCUGGUGAUCAUCGUAAAAGCUUUCAGCUGGCUAUAUGGUUUGCUCAGCUCCCUGGUGAUCCAACUGUUGUUUGGUCAGCUUACUUAAAGUCCCCAGUCACAAAAGAUGCAGUGCUGGAAUUGGACAUCUCAGGGAACCUGGUGCUCACCGAUGGUGAGGCCACGGCCUGGACAUCUAACACCUCCCGAGCAGGCGUUGAAACAGCUGUCAUGUCAGAUAACGGCAACUUCAUCCUCUACGAUGCUGAACGAAACAUUUCCUGGCAAAGCUUCUCACAUCCAUCUGACACGCUUCUCCCUGGCCAACCAUUAACAGCCUCUCAGGAGCUAACGUCGUUGAAAUCGCCUUAUUCUUAUGCUGGCGGUUAUUAUGCACUAAAGAUGUUACAACAAACCACUUCCUUAAGCCUAGCUCUCACCUACAACUUGCCUGAAUCAUCCGUUUCAGGACCGGACUCUUACUCAAACUACUCGUAUUGGGAAGGCCCUGAAAUAUCAAAUGUGACUGGAGAGGUUAUCGCGGUUUUAGAUGAGGCUGGGAGUUUAGGCAUUGUGUACGGCUCAUCAGCGGAUGGAGCAGUGUAUGUUUACAAGAAUGAUAAUGAUUCUGGAGGUAUAUAUUCUGCUGUAAACAGAUCAAAUGGUAGUCCAAUAGUUCCUCGAAGAUUGAUUCUUGAGAGUAAUGGGAAUAUACGUCUGUACAGAUGGGACAAUGAUGUAAAUGGAUCGCGCCAAUGGGUUGCAGAGUGGGCUGCAGUAUCAAAUCCUUGUGAUAUAGCUGGAAUUUGUGGCAAUGGAAUAUGCAAUUUGGAUAGAAAAAAGACUAAUGCCUCGUGUUCGUGCUUGCCAGGGACUAAUUCUGAUGAUGGCAACAAUUGUUAUGGAAAUCCCGUGGUGACUGGAAAAUGUAAACCUCGUCGUGAGAAUUCAACCUCUGAAUUCAAGAUUGAAUCAGUACAACAAACAAAUUACUACUUUUCUGACUCCUCAGUAAUAGCGAAUUACAGUACUAGUGAUGUACCAACUGUGACGAAAUGUGGCGAUGCCUGUUUAGCAGAUUGUGAUUGUGUUGCUUCUGUGUAUGGGCUAGAUGAAGAGAAGGCCUAUUGUUGGAUUUUGAAGAGUUUGGAGUAUGGUGGAUACGAGGAUCCUGGUUCGACCAUGUUUCUCAAGGUUGAUAUUAAUAGCAAAUCGGAUGGGGAUUCAAUGAACAAGAAAACCAAAACUGUAGUCCUUCCUACUGUCCUAAGCAUAACUGUUCUAAUAUUUCUUCUCUGUUGCUUGCUGUACAUCAACAUUCGGAGAAAGAGAGCCCUUAGGAGAGCUCUUCAAAAUUCCCUGAUUGUUUCAGGUUCCCCAGUGAAUUUCACUUUUCGUGAUCUUCAAAGUAGGACGAGGAAUUUUUCCCAAUUGCUUGGAACAGGUGGAUUUGGUAGUGUAUUUAAGGGAAGCCUAGCAGAUGAAACUCUGAUUGCAGUAAAAAAGCUUGAUAAGAUGUUGCCUCAUGGACAGAGGGAAUUCAUAACUGAAGUAAACACAAUUGGUUCUAUGCAUCAUAUGAACUUGGUUCGUCUCUGUGGAUACUGUUCUGAGGGAUCACAACGGCUUCUGGUUUAUGAGUUCAUGAAAAAUGGAUCACUUGACAAGUGGAUAUUUUUCUCUUACAAAAACCGAGAGAGAUUUCUAGACUGGCCAACUCGAUUCAAUAUAGCAGUGGGUACUGCUCUAGGAAUUGCAUAUUUUCAUGAGCAGUGUCGAAACAGGAUAAUACACUGUGACAUAAAACCAGAAAAUAUACUAUUAGAUGAGAAUUUUUGCCCUAAAGUGUCGGACUUUGGAUUAGCCAAGUUGAUGGGAAGAGAGCACUCACAGGUUGUCACAAUGGUCAGAGGCACCCGGGGGUACCUGGCGCCUGAGUGGGUUAGCAACCGUCCUGUAACAGUAAAGGCCGAUGUUUACAGCUAUGGAAUGCUUCUUCUGGAGAUCAUAGGUGGGAGAAGGAACUUUGACAUGACCUGUGAUGCAGAGGACUUUUUCUUCCCAGGCUGGGCUUUCAAGGAGAUGACAAAUGGGACCCCGACAAAAGUUGCAGAUAGAAGACUGGAAGGAAGAGUGGACGAAGAAGAGCUAACAAGGGCAUUAAGAGUCGCGUUCUGGUGCAUUCAGGAUGACGUUUCCUUGAGGCCUUCGAUGGGGGAAGUGGUGAAAAUGUUGGAAGGAGCGGAUGAGAUUAUAUUACCACCAAUACCACAGACAGUUUCGGAGUUGAUUGAAGAAGGGCUGGACCAAGUAUACAAGGCCAUGAAAAGAGAGUUUAAUCAGUUCAGCUCUUUCACCAUAACUAGUACUACUCAUCCGUCGUCUCAUGCUACAUGUAGUUAUUCCACAAUGUCACCAAGAUAAUGCUGCUUUAAAUUUAUCAACUGUACUCUGUAAUUUGAUAAAUCCACUCCAAUAUUGAAGUCGAAAAGAUCGUCAGCAA